AGCACCUUCAAGGAGGACGUGCUCCUGCCGCCAGGGCAGCCUGACCAGGCAGCCCACCACCCCUAGCAGGACCACGGCUGCUGGGACCAUGCUGUCAGCCACCAUGGUGGGCACUCUGGUCCGAGGGUGGAGGAAUCGCAGCUCCCCUCGAAGAGCUGGGUCAAAACUCCCUGUCCCACAGAGACAAGGUGGAAUUCGGAUUCAGGAUGGGCAGCAGUUGCGUCUUGAAGCGCCAUCAGCUGUGACCGAGGUUCCUGAUCUCAAAACGGCAGCCCAGCAUUCCGGAUCUGCACAGCCCAACACCAUGGAGCUCUCCGACAGUGACCGACCUGUCAGCUUUGGCUCCACCUCGUCCUCUGCCUCUUCCCGGGACAGCCACGGCUCCUUCGGGAGCAGAAUGACCUUGGUUUCAAAUAGCCACCUGGGCUUGUUUCACCAGGACAAGGAAGCAGGGGCCAUAAAACUGGAGCUGGUUCCAGCCCGGCCGUUUUCCAGCAGCGAGCUGCAGAGGGACAGCCCUGCGGGGCCACAGAACAUGGACCACCGCAGCGAGAGGCAGCCCAGGGCCCCAUGGGGCCUGGACACAAACGGGGAGCCCAACACAACUGCAGACUCAGCUACCAGUCCCAAGCUCCUGUAUGUGGAUAGAGUUGUGCAGGAAAUUCUGGAGACUGAAAGGACUUACGUGCAAGAUUUAAAAAGCAUCGUGGAGGAUUACCUGGACUGUAUCAGAGACCAAACAAAACUUCCCCUGGGGACUGAAGAUAGAUGUGCCCUUUUUGGAAAUAUACAAGAUAUCUACCACUUCAAUAGUGAACUUCUACAAGAUUUAGAAAACUGUGAGAAUGAUCCAGUGGCCAUAGCAGAAUGUUUUGUGUCCAAGAGUGAAGAAUUCCACAUUUAUACCCAGUAUUGCACGAACUACCCAAGGUCAGUGGCUGUGCUAACCGAGUGCAUGAGGAACAAGGUGCUGGCCAAGUUCUUCCGGGAACGGCAGGAAGCGCUGAAGCACUCACUGCCACUGGGAUCCUACCUCCUGAAGCCCGUGCAGCGGAUCCUCAAGUAUCAUCUCCUCCUGCAUGAAAUAGAAAAUCACCUGGACAAGGACACGGAUGGCUACGAUGUGGUGCUCGAUGCUAUAGACACGAUGCAGCGCGUGGCCUGGCACAUCAACGACAUGAAGCGGAAGCAUGAGCAUGCGGUGCGGCUGCAGGAGAUACAGAGCUUGCUGACGAACUGGAAAGGGCCCGACCUGACCAGCUACGGGGAACUGGUGCUAGAAGGGACCUUCCGCCUCCAGCGGGCCAAGAAUGAGCGGACACUCUUCCUUCUGGACAAGCUGCUCCUCAUCACCAAGAAGAGGGAGGACACGUUUACAUACAAAGCACACAUCCUGUGUGGCAACCUCAUGCUGGUGGAGGUGAUCCCCAAGGAGCCGCUUAGCUUCAGCGUCUUCCACUACAAGAACCCCAAGGUGCAGCACACCGUUCAGGCGAAAUCCCAGCAGGACAAGCGCCUCUGGAUUCUGCACCUGAAGAGGCUGAUCCUGGAGAACCACGCAGCCAAGAUUCCGGCCAAGGCCAAGCAAGCAAUACUUGAAAUGGAUGCCAUUCACCAUCCAGGCUUCUGUUACAGCCCCGAGGGGGAGACGAAAACGCUCUGCGGCUCCAAAGACGGUGCCACGCCGUAUCGGCUGAGAAGAAAGUCUGAACCUUCCUCGAGAUCACAUAAAGUUUUGAAGACCAGUGAAACAGUGCAAGACAUCCAAAAGGUUUCUAGAGAGGAAGGUUCUGCCCAGCUGACUUCUGCGGGGCCUUCUGCUGCCCAGAGGAACAGUCAGCCCAGCAGCUCCACCAUUCUCAGCGUGCUUCGAGGGGGUGGCGCCCUCAGGAACAUCUGGACGGAUCACCAGAUCAGGCAGGCCUUGUUCCCCAGCCGCCGGUCCCCACAGGAGAACGAGGACGAUGAAGACGACUACCAGAUGUUUGUGCCGUCCUUCUCCUCCUCAGACUUGAACUCCGUCAGGCUGUGUGAAGAGAGCAGCUCUUCCAGUCGCCCUUGCAGCUGGCAUAUGGGACAGGUUGAGUCCACAGAGACCUCAGGGGCUGGCCACAGGAUUGUCCGUCGAGCCAGCAGUGCCGGUGAGAGCAACACAUGCCCUCCUGAGACGCGAGUUAAGGACGGCAGCAGCUCUCAGUACAGCCCCCGCAGGGAACUGCAAAACGGUCCUCACACGGAAGGGCAAGAAGACGUGAAUCCGUUUGGGUCAGCUGUAGAGCUGACGAUUGACGACAUAGACCACGUCUACGAUAACAUAAGUUAUGAGGACUUAAAGCUAAUGGUUGCUAAACGGGAAGAACCUCAGUCUACGCCCCCCAAAUCAGCCCGGGAUUCGGUUCGCCCUAAGAGCACCCCGGAGCUCCCCAUCUCAAAGAGACAAGCUGGCCACAGCACAAGUUCUGUACAUACAAGGAGAGACGCAGCACUAGGCAGCCGGGAGGCGGCUAACCAAAGCACUCAGGAGCUCCAGGAGGAGGAGAAUGUCUACGACACCAUCCGGCUUCCAGACCCACCAUCGCUGGAUUUCAAGUGCAGCAGCCUAAAGCGAUCCAAAAGGAGCACCUUCCUGGGGCUGGAAGCUGAUUUUGCAUGCUGUGACAGCCUGAGGCCCUUUGUGUCCCAGGACAGCCUCCCGCUGAGUGAGGACGAGGGGCCUUACCAUCAGGGGCCUCUGGACAGUGACUAUUUGAGCUUGCUGUAUAACUCUUCCAGCUGUAACCUGUCCAUAGCUGAUAAGACCCUGUCUGAUAAACUGUCUGAGGAAGUAGAUGAAAUCUGGAAUGACCUAGAAAAUUACAUCAAGAAAAAUGAAGACAAAGCUAGAGACCGUCUCCUGGCAGCGUUUCCUGUGAGCAAAGAUGACGUGCCCGGCAGGCUGCACGCUGAGAGCACCCCUGAGCUGAGCCGGGAUGCGGGGCGUGCCACCUCCACACUCUCCCUCCCCGAGAGCCAGGCUUUCCUCACGCCAGGAAAAAGCAGGGUCCUCAGACCUGGCCAGACCAGCUGCCCAGCGGAGGAAGACCUGAUUUCCACAGAAGACUCCUUUCUGAGUCUCAGCCGGUUCUCUGUGGCCAGCGAGAUCCCUCCUGUGGACAGUCCGUAUGAUCUGGUCAGCAGCAGCCCACCCCAGACAGACCCAGAGAACCCUGACCCUGGCGUGGACGGCACGGAUAAGACCAAAAGCCGGGUCUUCAUGAUGGCAAGGCAGUACAGUCAGAAGAUCAAGAAGGCAAAUCAGCUUUUGAAAGUGAGGGGCCCCGAGUUGGAGCCAGCGCCAGCCAGUCAGCAUCAGAAACCUGCAGCCAGGGACUUGGCAGCCAUCCUGGAGGAGAAGAGGCAGGGAGGCCCGGCCAUUGGUGCCAGGAUUGCUGAGUAUUCUCAACUGUAUGACCAGAUUGUGUUCAGGGAGACACCCCCUAAAAUUCAGAAGGAUGGCUGGGCCAGCAUGCAGGACCCCUCCCCGCUCAGGGCCGCGUCACCUUCCCAGGCCCACCAUGGCAGCGAGGACUGGCUUUGGCAUUCAACAUACAGUAAUGGAGAAUUAGCAGACUUCUGCCCCCGGCCAGAGAAAGACUUAAGGUCAAAGUAUCCCACUUUAGAAACAAGUACAAAAAGUCCUCCUAGACACUUGUCUGCAGCUUGCUCGGUGCCCUCUCUUCAAGUGUGUGAGCCUCUGCUGGGCUCCGCGCAGAGAUGCAAUGUGGUAGUAAGUCAGCCCCACAAAGAGAGCUGUCAGGGCCACCUUUACAACUCCCUGGGUCGCAAAGGCGUGAGUGCUAAAGCUCAGCCGUACAACAGGUCCCAGUCAUCGUCCUCCAUCUUGAUCAACAAAUCGCUGGACUGCAUCACCUACCCCAGUGAGCCGGGCAAGCCGCAGCUGCCUCCUGUACACCAGGGUUCCAGGAGUGGGAGCCACCAGGAUUUGCUGCCAGGAAUUGCUGACGCAGCUCACCAGGGCCCUGAAAAGGGCUCCGACCUCACACUCCAAGACUCACAGAAAGUUCUAGUAGUAAAUAAAAAUUUACCUUUAAAUGCCCAAAUAGCGACACAGAACUAUUUUUCCAAUUUCAAAGAGACUGAAGGAGAUGAAGAUGACUACGUGGAAAUCAAGUCGGAGGAAGAUGAGGCAGAGUUGGAGCUGUCUCAGAGUCACAGGAGGAAAUCUGUCUCCAAGAUGGUGGACACUGACUGUUCGGACAACGUCUGCAGCAACCGCGCAUCUUACCCUUUGAAUACUCCAUGCGCUCCAAAAGAGCCAAGAAGCAGCAAACUUGGGCUUUCACCAUAUCUGGCAACAUAUAAUGAUUCUGACAAACUGAAUGACUAUCUCUGGCGGGGACCAUCACCCAGCCAACAAAAUAUUGUCCAGUCUCUAAGGGAAAAAUUUCAGUGUCUCAGUUCAAGCAGUUUUGCCUAACGUUCUUAACAACAGCUGCUGAAUUAACUACUUCUUGUGCUUGUAGAUUACAGACACUGUCCUGAGGAGGUGUUUUAUUUGUACCAGGUUAAAACAAUUUUGUAAUAACAGGAGGUGUAAAAUAUACUUUGUUUUAAAGCACAACUUUUUGAACCAGCUGAUCAUACAGCCGGGAUCUUAGCAAAUGUCAGCAUUGGAGCAUCCUCUCUGAUGUCAUUUGUCUUCAUGUUUCAUGUAACUUUAUCUUACUUGAAAUUUUUUAGGCUUAUUUUUUAACAUAACUAUGAUUUUUUCCACAUCCUGACAAUAGUGUCCACACUUUAAGAAAUGCAAUAAUCCUGUAUUACCCAGAAGCCCCAAUUAGCUUUAUCCUACAAUUCAGAGACAGCAAGGAGACCUUCUUCACACGGUGUAAAAAGAAAGAAAACUAAAGCUGCUUAAGGAAUUAUGCUUAUACCUGACAUUUUUGUUACAUUUAUGGCAAGGCCCUGGAAUAAUUUAUGCCAGAGAUCUGUAAUUGAAAGGUAGUCUCAGUGCCUGUUUUAGGAUUUCUAGGCUGGUAUUCCUAUAUCAUUUCACUUUGAUGUAGAAAGCGUGUGACUAUGCAAAAUUAAAAUGUAGCAAGACCAACUUGCAGUAAACAAAAAUGUUACCUGUGUUCCUGGACAAGGCCUGGAUUAUGUGCUGCUUAUCAUGUUGUUUAUAGGACUUGUGGGGUGAAAUGAACUGUUUCCUUCACAGCUUAAAGAAAACCAAGUUCAAUAAAACGUAAAUUGACUUAACUACUAGAAAAGACAGAGUGACUUCUGGUGACAACUUGAUUAUCACUCAUAAUAAUUAUCACUCAAUUGACAGAGGGGGAGAAACAACCCAAAACACCUCACUAUUCCAUUAUGUGCACCCAUUUCUAACACAAAGUAAGCCAGAAGCUACAGAAAGACAAAGCACUUUAAAGUUAUGCUUCCCAGAGCAGAUUUUCAUAUAUACCUUCAUGAGUUCUGGACUCUGCCAAAGAACCUACUAGACCCCAGCCCUGGGGAAUUACCACAGGAAGGAGAAAAGAAUUUUUUUGCUAAAUAGUACAUACUAGGAGAGCCUUUUUUCAUUGUUUUGAGGCAUAUAAAAGAAGUUUGGGUUACUAGGUUCUGACUAAUACCAUUUCUACGUCGUCAUUACAGUCUUUAUAAAGCAUUCCUUUGUGGUGUUAUAUACUAACCUAGCUCUGCAUGAAAGGAAACAGAAGACCAAAAGGAAGAUGUGAGUAAAAGUGAAGUCAAAGACACUAAAGAGAUUAUUGAAGGCAGAUGAUUGCUACUUUAUAAAAAUGUCCCACGUUAUUCAGGACUCCAUCAGUACCGCAGGAAUAUUUCCUCACAGAGCCCUUUGGAGUCUCAUGUUAAGCAGUUGUACAUUCUAUGGCCUUUCCUCACUCCUGUUUCCAUUUUACUUUCUUUUCUCUUUGUUCUAAUUAAAAACUAACCAGUUUCCAUUUUUAAAACUGUGAUAAUUUGUGUAGGGAAAGGGAUCCAGGAUUUUCACUGAAAGGUGGGCAAUAAUAUUGAAUCUGUGGCAUGUUAACCAUAAUCUUUUCCAUCUUUUUAAGCCCUAUGCCUUUUUUUUUUUUGACCUGUCAAGCAUAAAAUGUGACUAUAUUUUACAAAUAGGUACCUAAGACAGUUUUCAUUUUAAAUAACAAAACAGAGCCCCAAUUUUUUAUUCUCCAAACUAAUCUCUCUUCUCAUACUCAGAGGCUAAAGAUGUAGCUCAGCGAUGGGACACUUCUCUGGCAUGCAUGGAGCCCUGGGCUCCAUCCCCAGCACAGGAAAAAAUACAUCCAUAUUGAAUAGAAUGGUUUUGUAAACAUACCUUCUUUUAUUGCUUUUAAUUCAAUAUGGUAUGAAUUGUCAGUAUUAAGCAGCAUCAAAAAAGACAAGCAACCGUGAGAAAGUGUGUUCAUAGACUUGCUAGAGGUGUGUGUAAGUGCGUUUGUAUUACUUGUCAAACAAAGUUACCUGACUCUUGUCCAGAAAUGUAGUUUCCAUCUUCAUUUUUUGGUCUGUAAAACCCAAAUUCUACAUACUCCACAUUACUGUUGUAUCCGAGUCUCAGAAAGUACUAAUUCUUCACACUGGCGGCCCCUUGCACAGACUGUGUUGUCUCCUGUAAACACGCAGCCCAUGCACGAAGGUGGACAUCUUACUGUACACACUGCCUCUGUGGUCCUUCAGGUUCCAGCACAAAUCUGCAGUUUUAUAGACCACUUCUCUGGGCCAGGAUGCAGAUUUUGAGAGCUGUGUGUACGGAUAUAAUCGUGUUCGUCUAUGUCCUCAGCUACCAUUUAAGUGCUUUUGUUCAAAUGAGUUUCUUCUGGAGGGGGGAUGGGGAUGUAUAUAAUUGAAGGGGAAGUUAUACACAUAAAAGUUCUCAUUGGGUUCCUGUAUGAAAGUAUCCAUUUUUUUUCACAUACUCUAUUCUUUGUGGGGAAAAUGAAUCUAGGAAGCAUAGUUUAAAUACUGUAUAUAAGAUAAUGAAUGUCAGCAGUACCCAUUAUUUAAUAAAGUUUUUAAAGUACAAA